AUCUCCUCUAUCUAUAUAUAUUCAUAAAAGAUUCAAGAUUUUACAAAACAACUAGCUAGAACUCGAAAUAUUCAUACAUUAGUAAAAUCUUGAGGCAUUUUCUUAAGUUUCUUUCUCUCUAUGAGGAUACAAAUGGAGGCCAUACAUGACAGUGAUCAGAAAACUCCCGCUGCGUUUGAUAUAGGCAGCCUUCCGACAACCGUGUUAACGGCGGAUCCUUCGGAAAACGAUUUAACGGCGCCACCAAAGCCGGUGAUAAUCACCUCCCCAACAGCCGCCGGAACUUAUCCCGUCGUUUUUUUCUUCCAUGGGUUUUAUCUCCGCAACGUUUACUACUCUGACGUUCUUAACCACAUCGCUUCUCAUGGCUACAUUCUUGUUGCCCCUCAGUUGUGCGAAUUAAUACCACCGGGAGGGCAAGUUGAAGUGGACGAUGCUGGGAGUGUGAUAAACUGGACAUUACAAAACCUCAAAGCUCACCUCCCAAGUUCAGUAAACACACAUGGCGAAUACACCGCACUCGUAGGACACAGCCGAGGAGGAAAAACCGCGUUUGCGGUUGCGUUAGGCCACGCAGCAACAUUAGACCCAUCCUUCAAAUUCUCAGCGUUAGUAGCAAUCGAUCCAGUCGCAGGACUCAGCAAAUGCAUAAGGACAGAUCCGCAUAUCUUGACCUAUAAACCGGAGUCGUUCGAGCUGGACAUACCGGUCGCAGUGGUGGGAACCGGACUCGGACCGGAGAGGAACCACGUGGUCAUGCCACCAUGCGCACCAACGGACUUGAACCAUGACGAGUUUUACAAAGAGUGUAAGGCGACGAAAGCCCAUUUCGUGGCUGCUGAUCACGGACACAUGGAUAUGUUGGACGAUGAUUUGCCCGGUUUUUUCGGGUACGUGGCCGGUUGUACGUGUAAGAAUGGGAAAGGAAAUAAGAGCGAGAUGAGGAGAUUUGUGGGUGGCAUUGUGGUUGCGUUUCUUAAGUAUAGUUUAUGGGCUGAAAAAUCGGAGAUUCGACGGAUUGUGAAAGAUCCUUUUGUGUCUCCGGUGAGGCUUGAUCCUACACCCGAGUUGGAAGAAGCUUCGGCUUAAUUCGUCCAGAUUUAACGUGCAAGUUGUAAUUCAUAAUUUCUCUACUUAGAACAACUUCUUGUAUGAUUAUGGCAAUGUAUAUCUAAAUAACAUGAGUAUCAGUAUCGAGAUAAUUAAGACU